AUGAGUUCUAAGAAAUAACAUGAAAUUCCAUAUGGCGGAUAAAUAUCCGGUUGUAAGUUGUUAGGUCACAUAUUGUUUAGACAUGGCUGCUGCUGAUAGUAUCCGAGUUAUCGAUGAUGAUUAUGUGAAACGAGUUCACAGUCGAAAUCCUUCAGGCCAUUUACAUAAGGGUCAUGGAAUUGUUGCUGCAACUGCAUCAAUACCAAGUAGAUAUCAAACUAUUGUGACAGAUAAUGCAGAUAAAAGAGGGUUCUUAGGCCAAGCUAAACGCUUCCGUUUUGAUGAAGCAAUGACAGAUGCCCCUGGUCCUGGAAACUAUGUAAGACAUGAAACCAUGGAUAACAACAGUUCUUCUUUCUCUAAGAAAGGAACAGGAGGAUUUGCUUCAAAGAGUAAGCGAGGUAUAAAAUACUUCAUAACAGCAGCACCAGGACCUGGUGUUUAUGGUUUGCCUAGCAUGUUGGUCACAAGAAAAGAUUUCAAUAAAUCAGAGAACACCAGCAACUUCCAUAAACCUAUUGCUAAAAUCUCAGAUAAAGUGGAAAAGAAACCAGCACCAAAUACAUAUGAUGUUUUAAAUUCAAAAUUUGGAAAGACCAAUAAUGUCACAGCUGCAGCAGCAUUCAAAUCUCAGUCUAGAAGAGAUGUGAUCAAUGUCAACGCUUCUGCGAAUAAUCCAGCUCCUGGUCAUUAUGAUGUAAAUGAUUCCCUACUUCAUCAGAAUGUAAAAGUUCCAUUAUCAAGUUUUAAAUCAAAGUCAAAAAGACAGAUGGCACCAAGUCCUACUGCAGUACCUGGUCCAGGAGCAUAUAAACCACAUGAACCAAUAGAUCCAGCAAAAAAACAGUUAUUCCCGAGGAAACAUUAUUUAUGUAUAUCUGCCCCUGCUAUGCCAUUACCUGAUACUCCUCCACAACCAGGACCAGGAAGUUAUGAAACCGUUAAUUAUGAAGGACAACCCAAGCAUUACAUGUCAUCAUCUGCCUUUGUUUCUACCACAUGUCGAUGGACUGGUACAAACAAAGAAGGAGAACAACCAGGACCAGCUCAUUAUAGACCUAUCAACAUGGGAAGGCAAUCCUUUAUAUACAAUGCUGCUAGCAAAUGGAUAUAAAGGCAAGGAAAAAAUAAAUAUGUAUCAUGAGACUAUAAGCCAAAAGGUCUUCAAAGUAAAUUGGCUGAAAAAAUAUAAAUAAAACCAGAUCUAGAAUCAGAUGUGAAACAGAUUAUUAACAAAACUUAAUGCAGAAAGCCAUGUCUAAACAAGUUCUUUGCAUUGCUUAUAUUAAGCUGGUGGACAUUCCUGAGUUGUAUACUGUCAGAGCUGUGUGAGAGUCAGAAAAGAUGUAUGUAAAAGAAGUUUUGUUACAUUUUAAAAUGCUUUUGAUAGUUGAAAUGAUAUAUUAAUUUAUGUUUAUGAUAUUUUUACACUAUUAUAUUGAUUAAAAAAAACUUGAUUCAGUAUUAUCC